CGAGACAGAGGCUGGUAGAGAGAGAGCGAGAGAGAGAGGGAUAGGAGAGAGAACGCUUUACCGCAGUAUCACUACAUUUCUGCAUCACUCAUCAAAACUCUGCGGCAUGCUAACUAGAUCUGGGGGAGGGCUGAUACCGGGUUUGUGCUGAGUGUAGUGUCAACACCACCGUCGUUUAGUAUAGAUUGACUGUAAUUAGAUACAGUAGCACGGAGCCGCCGGAUUGUUCAUCCUUUUCUUUCAAACAGCUCGUCAUUUGUGCGCUCGCUAACGACUUUCUGCAGCCUCUCUGAGUAAAAUAUUUCACAUCUCACCAAAACGCCUAUUACAUUAGAUUAUAACGCCCGGUAACAGUCCGUGGAUUAAACACAUUUAGCAAAAUGGCAAAGGAUGCUGAGAAGAGCACUUGGAAGGACUUCAUAUGGAACUCCAGGACCCGAGAAUUUUGUGGCAGGACAGGGAGCAGCUGGGGCCUCAUCCUGCUCUUCUACCUAGUGUUCUACAUCUUCCUAGCAGGCAUGUUCUGCCUCACCAUGUAUGUCAUGCUGCAGACCUUGGAUGACUACAAACCCACCUGGCAGGACAGGCUUGGCACACCAGGCAUGAUGAUCAGACCCAGGGGAAAGGCAAUGGAGAUCUCCUACAACACCACCAACACUGAGACCUGGGACAUGUACAUCAAGACACUGGACAACUUCCUCUCCCCCUACAACAACUCUCUGCAGGCUGAGAAGAAUGAAGAGUGCACACCGGACCAGUAUUUUGUUCAGGCAGAUAGUGGUGAUGUGAAGAACAACCCCAAGCGCUCCUGCCAGUUCAACCGCACCCUUCUAGAAAAAUGCUCUGGCCUUGAUGACCAUACCUAUGGAUACCAGGCUGGCAAACCAUGCAUCAUCAUCAAGCUGAACCGGGUCAUUGGGAUGCUGCCAGGAAAGGAUGGCCAGGCUCCAUUUGUCACCUGUGGAGCGAAGAAAGAAGACUCUGAUAAGAUUGGAGAGGUGGAGUACUACCCUGAAAAUGGCACCUUCAACCUCAUGUACUACCCUUACUAUGGCAAGAAAGCUCAGGUGAACUACUCCCAGCCGCUGGUUGCCAUCAAGUUCCUCAACAUAACCCUCAAUGAAGACAUCAACAUCGAGUGCAGGAUCAUCUCCAACAACAUUCCUCCUGGGAGUGUAAGAGACAAGUUUGCGGGGAAAGUGUCUUUCAAACUGAGGAUCAACACUAAAGGCUAGAUGUACAUUCUCUCUCACAACAUGUCCACCCACCUCCACAUUCUGUACACAGGUACACACACACACACACACACACACACACACAUACAGAGACAGAUAACAGAAUUAACACCCUCCGUUUGUCGAAUAGAAUAUGUUUACAACUUCAAUUUACCCUAGAUGUCGGGCAUUGUAUGUUCAGUAGAGUGAUGAUGUCAGAAUGGUGGAGUUAAACGGGUGGUAAUUCUGUCUCUGUUUCUGUGUGUGAGAUUUGAUUCUUUUCUGUAAAUUAGUUUGAGGUGAAGUCUAUUUAUACUGCAUGACUAACUAGGGGAUAUAGUGGACAUAAACAUGUAUGAUUUCAAAGUUUGCAAGGAGAAGCAACGCCUCUUACCAGUUUACUGUUGCUCCUUCAUCUCUGCCUCCCUAUAGAGUGCCCCUCUAUAUACAAAUAUACACAAAAUACAAUACAACCGUGUAUAUCUAUUUAUAUAUCAUAACCUUAUAUCAGUAUGUCUAUUUUGUUGCGCUUGAAAAUAAUCCAACAGCUAAAACAUAUGAUGAAAAAACAUAUUUUUGUGGAUGAAGGGAGAGAUGGAGACAUUUUGCAUGUGUGUACUGUCUUUGGUGCCCUAAGAAGGCGGGAGGCCCCAUGUCUCAGCUCUCUGCUCUGCUAUGUGGGAAUUAUAAACGAGGCUAUGUUAAACUGCUGCCCACCAGGAGGGACCACGCUGCACUCUGCAGUGAUCAUCCAAUUGAACCCAUAAGAAGAUAGCAUCUCCAACAUGGGGAGCGACAGAGGUCAAGACCUUUGAGUCUGUGUGUGCGUGUGUAUGUUUGUAUGUGUGUGAGUAUGUACUGUACAUUUAAUUUGUAUGACCAAAUUCCAUUUGCAAGACAGAAUGCAUACUGUAGGUCGGGAAGAUGCAUAUGCAACGUGCAAUAUUAAUUAAGAAUGACACAUCAUGCACAUUAUACACAUUAAACAGGACUCUUUUGUCAUUAACACUUGAGUUGCACAUGGUCAUAAAUUGGAGGCUUCCAUAACAUGAAUAUACUCUUCAUUGUCCUUACAUGGUUUAUGUUCCCAUCGGUGUUCCUACAGCUCAAGGCUUAGGGCUAGUUUGUUUGUUCAUAGUGUUUUGCAUGUGCAUCGCAUCUAUUGACAUGCCUCCUAUACAUAUAAGAAAGAGAUGCUGUUCUUCUAUUUUGUAUUGAUUUGCACUGGUUUGUGUUUUUCUUGUGAAGACGAGAUGCUUGUGGUUCUGCGGAGAAGGAAAAAUAGAGAGUUUGUUUUGUUUCUACGUUUGUUGAAAUUUAUAUUCAAACAUGUGGUACCAUUUUAAUCAGUUGUACAUGACUUGUUACUGCUGUAAUAGUGCAUCUCAGUUUGAAGGCUGUCUCCAACAUCUGAUUACAUCGGCCAGAAUGUCUGUAAGGCUGGUUUGGUGAUAACGGUAAUCUGUUUGAUUUAUUUUUAUUUUGGUAGGAUUCUCUACCAUUACAUUGCUUUAAAAAGGGUGCAACAGACCAACCAACCUUGUAGUUGGAGGGUGUACUAUAACUAGAAGCACCUACAGUUGAGCAUGUGCAAGAGCAUUUAUGAACUUGCUCUAGAAUGAUGGUCAAUGUGCUGGCGCACAGAUGCUCCUUCUUCAACGUCAUAGCGACACUUUUAGAACCCUAGCAUCUGUUCACUCAGUUUAAGGUUUGGGUUGACUUUUAGGACCUUUCUUCGCUCAGUCAGUAUAAGGUGUAUAUCAAUCAAUUUUCCUUCAUUUUGGUUGAAGUUGCACCUCAGUAAUAUCAUCAUCAUGAACACUUGACAGUAUAACAAUAAUCAGUAUAUAAAUAAUCUGUUUAGUUUGAUAGCUGUAUAAUACACGUUGAGGAUUGACUGAACAAUGUCAAACUGACUCCAUGCUAAACAUCCAUGUUGCGUGUGGCCUACCAAUAGUCCUUGUUUUUGACAUUGUGAGACAAUGGAGUGAACAGUACUACUUCCUCGUUAGCAUUCCUGCUCCACUCAGUCUGUUUCGCAUGCUGAGAUUCCACUGUAAUCUCUUAAUCUGGUCAGAUAAUCUAGAGCAGGUACUUUAUCCUCUCUUUGUAUCUCCUCCUUCCUGUGUCAACCCCCCUCUUUCUCUCUUUUGUCCACACACACACACACACACACACACACACACACACACACACACACACACACACACACACACACACACACACACACACACACACACACACACACACACACACACACACACACACAAUCAUCCACCCUUUCUGUUAAAAUAUGCCAGGUGAGGAAUGACUAUGUGCUUGGUUCCACAGUUCCUUUAAGGUCUAUAUUAUUAUUGUCAUGGUUUUAUCCAUGUGACCCAUGUUUUGCCAUGUUGUAUCACAAUAUGUUUUGUCCCAUGAGCCCAUUCCAUUCACAAUUCAAUCUACAAGUAAAUGUGUAUCCAUGGUGUGUAUCCAUGGUGUGUGUAGCCACACAAAUACAUAUAUGUGGAUAUAUUCCAAUUGUAAAAUUAAUGCUUUCCUUUUCUGCCUACAAAAAAGUAGUCCUGCCUCAUUCCCUCCAACCAAAGAUAUUCAUGAUCAUUUUAACAGUAUGAAAUAAUUGUGUUGCAACUACAGACCACAGAUCUCUAAGAGAAAGAGUUUAAUUUAUGAAGGAUGAAGGAAGUCCUAUUCUUAUAUAAUGCUACGCACAGAAGGAGCAGGUGUCACUAAAUAACAACAGUGCCUCCUGGUGGGUGGACAGAUGUGUUGUUCCCCAAUAUCGCCGAAUGUUAUUUAAUGUUAUCUCCAUAUAUCUGUUUUUAUAUGAUCAUUUGGAGAUGUCUUCAAAAAGCAAUAUAUUCAUUUCCUGUGUUGCUGAUGAUGUUUUUAUUCUUGGAAUGGCUGUAACAAAUGUAUAGUAGCAUUAAUCAUCAUGAGAGUGAGGAAGAAGACAGAAAGAACAUGUAAAUAUUAUGUUCACAAAUAGAUAUACAGUUAUAUGUCUGCCAAUGCACAUCUUCAAGAUUGAACAAUAGAAACACUUAACAGUUUUGUUUUCAAACGAGAUAAAGUAUUUUUAUUGUUAUUUUGUUGUAAAGAGGAGAUUAUGUAUUAGCUUUGGAUUGUAAUAAGACAGGGGUGCUACCUGGUAGGUGUUUGACCUGUAACCUCUUGACUCUGGUUGAACACAUACCAAGUAUGGUUGAAUGUAGAACACGUUUCUUUUUUGGUUACCAUCUUUCUCUAUUUUGUUUUCAACCUUGCAGUAUUGAAUGUUUGCAAUGAUGAGCGCUCCACUCUUUCUCAGUCAUUGUCUACUGUAUACUCUUUCAGAUGAACAGUGCAUGUCUUUAUAUGGGCCAAAGUAUGAUGAGACGAAGGAGGGUAUCAUCUUGGUUUGAUCAGUUACACUGAUUCAACAGAAAGCUGCAUAUUUACAGUAACUGCAAUGGAUUUAUCCUCAAACAGCACAAUACUCGCCUGUGACCACUGCAUGUGGCAAACUAGUGUGAACUACCUAUUUGUUUCAAACUCACUUCUGAAGCAGCAAGACACAGCUUUUCACAUAGGUCCACCCUGAAAAGAAUAGCAAACGUAUCCCUGAUUUAAGACUGUCUUGAAUCAGACAGAUAAUUCAAAAUGAUCUAAGGCAGAAAUCCUUUGAAACACAUUGGGAUAGUCUCACCAAAAAAUGAAAAUGGCUGAUAAUUCUAUUUUCUUUGGAUCUUUUUUUUUGCUGUUAUUGUAUUUAUAUAUAUUUUUUGCUCAUGUUCGUUGUAAAAAAUGAUAGAGAAAUCAAUAAACGUGAUUGAAAGAAACACAA